UUGAGUAUACAUAGGUGCAGAGAGGUUUGAGUAUAAAUAGGCGCAGAGAGGUACCCUUCUCUAUAUUCCAGAGUAAACCUUACUACAGCUUACAUCAAUACUUCAGGCUGAACCUCACAAAAUCACAAUGAGGGUUCAGAUAUACCUUCUACUUGUACUGAGCUCAGUACUCAUGAUUCAGGCUCGAGUUCUAAAUCAUGUUUCAUCCAGCAUUCAAGGACAAGCUCAGGGGUUAGAAAGAGUUGCUCGCGAUAUCGAUAUUUCUGCCGAACAUAAAUAUAUAGAUAAAUCCGAGAGCACCCAUAAUCUGGUGAAGAGACAAUCCUCCCGAACUGGGAGGAAAGCUCUGAGGAAACACCGUCCCAGCAAUAUCUCCUUCUUUCAAUUCCUUGGACUUAGAAACCCAGGACCUUCCAGGCCCAGGCCCAGGCCUGUCUAGACAUGAGUCCGAGUUUUUAGUCUAGAUGAACCCUGCGGACUUUAGUUUAGUCUAGAUGAACCCCGUGGACAGUAGUUUAGUCUAAAUGAACCCCCUGGACAGUAUUUUAGUCUAGAUGAACCCUGCGGACAGUAGUUUAGUCUAGAUGAACACUGCGGACAGUAGUUUAGUCUAAAUGAACCAGGGACAGAUGAUCCAAACUUAAUUAUUAUUAUGUUAAUCAGUAUUAUUUAUUUAUAAUUUUUAAUUAAUAAAUAUGAAAUAAUAUA